AUGCAGAUUUACCGAGGCUUGGAUAUCAUUACGAACAAAGCGACGAAAGACGAGAUGCAGGGGGUGGUGCAUCAUCUGAUUGGAUUUUUGGAUCCAGAACAGCAACCACUGGCGGGAUACGAUGUGACGAAAUUUGUAGACGAUGCGAAUCGGCUCGUGGGCGAACUACACGAGAAGCACAAGGUGGCGGUGGUGUGUGGAGGUACAACGUAUUAUCUGCAACAUCUGAUGUUUCCUGGUCAACUGAUCAGUAGCAAUCUCAACACGCACAGCGAGGUGGAUUUGACCAGCCAAGUCCUCUACCAGACAUUGGACGAGCAAGAGCGAACGCUGUUGGAUCACGUCUCGACGACGAAUAGCGCGAAACUGGAUCUAGCCGCCAAAGCAUCUGGAGAUGUGUCGUUGGCGAUGAAACUGUGGCAGUUGCUUGAAAAAAUCGAUCCGGUAAUGGCGGGUAGGUGGCAUUAUCGAGACUCACGAAAGAUCGCGAAUUCUCUCAGAGUGUACAAGGAAACUGGUCGAGCGCAUUCGCAGUGGAUCGCAGAACAAGACUCGCCAGUGAAAAACGUCGAGCAGACACGUGUGAGCGCGUCACGCAAGCUUCUGUUCUGGCUCUGGUGCGAUCCGCCCGUGCUUCGCCAAAGGUUGGAUGAUCGUGUCGACGAUAUGGUAUCGCGUGGACUCGAGGCCGAGGUGCGAGAAAUGCGUGCGAUCGCCCACCGAAUGUUGAGCGACGUCCUCGAGCAGCGCAACUACCAAUCUGGCAUUUUCCAGACAAUAGGCUACCGACAGUUUGUCGAGUACCUCGAUCGACUCGACACGCUCGGCUCUGAAACAUCGAAAGACCAGCCCAAGUGGUUUGACAAAGCGGUCCAAGAUACAAAGACAUCGACGAGGCAAUAUGCGAAAUCGCAGCUCAAGUGGGUGCAGAACAAGCUGGUUCCCGAAGUACGUCGAGCUCAGGCUGCUGGUUCGCAAGUCGAGCUAUACCUUCUCGACGCCACCGACGUUUGCAGCUGGAACCAAAACGUCCUCGCUCCAGCCCUCGAUAUCACGCGUCGAUUCCUCAACCACCAACCGCUCCCACAUCCACAGACCGUCUCGAACCCAACCGCCGCCAAAUCCUACCUCUACUCGGGUCGAUCCGCCAACCAAGCCCUCUCAAAAUUCGCCCCCUCCACCCCCCUCACCAACCACGCCCACGCCCACCUCACCGUCCAAGCCAACCAACUCUACACCUGCCAUGUAUGCACCUUUGAUCCCUCCCGCCCCGUCCGCAUCCGUGAGGUAGACCGCCAAUCCCACACCACCAGUCGUCAUCACAGAAACAACGUCAAACGCAAAUCCUCGUUGCACACCAAACAAGCUGCCAUCCAAGCCGCCAUCCAAGCCGGCCAAAACAUAUCCGCUGAAAGACGCAGACGCAAACACGACCACUCGCAUCAGCCCACCCGAAACGACCCACCCGACAUGUAA